AUGUUCAAGAUGCGCCGCCUCUCGACAGCAACUCUGAGCAAGUAUUUGCUCCAAGGACAAAUCACGAGGCGCGGCUGUCUGGGGAGCUUGCGAAAUUCUGCCCAGCGUCCAAUUGCCGUCUGCGCUCCGAACUCACGAUACCUUCAUACUGAAUCACAGCCCUCGCCAAGCGCGGCCACUCCUGCAUCGCCCAUUGUGCCGUUAAGGAAGCAACUAAAGGACGAUAGGAAGAACGCAAAGGCAUCGGCAUCAGCAUCCGGCAAAAAGAAAAAGAAGAAUGUCAACAAUCAGGUAGUAGAAGGCUGGGAAUUGACCGUCGGCAUUGAGAUACACGCUCAACUCAACACGGCCAAGAAACUCUUCUCUUCAGCCGCGACAUCUUUCAACGACGAACCCAACAGCCACGUCGCAUACUUUGACCUUGCCACGCCUGGUAGCCAGCCCAUAUUUCAGCAAGAGACCUUGAUCCCAGCAUUGCGGGCUGCGCUUGCCCUGAACUGCGAAAUCCAACCUACGAGCCGAUUCGACCGGAAGCACUACUUUCACUGGGAUCAGCCAUCGGGAUACCAGAUUACGCAGUACUACGAGCCUUUUGCGCGGGACGGGCGAAUCAUCCUCCGACCAAGGGACGGAAUAGCAGCUGAGGAUGGAGAUGGAAUCUCAGUGGGCAUCAAGCAGGUUCAGAUGGAACAAGAUACGGCAAAAACCUUGGCGCAAGCGGGAGAGACUCAUUGGAUCGACUUUAAUCGAACAGGCGUCCCAUUGAUCGAGAUCAUCACCCAUCCAGAUAUCCACCAUCCGGCCACCGCUGCUGCUUUUGUGCGAAAGGCCCAGAUCCUUCUGAACGCUGUCGACGCUUGCGUGUCCGGGAUGGAAGCUGGUGGUCUGCGAGCCGAUGUCAACGUGUCAGUGAGAAGAGCUGACGACCCCAACACGCCACUGGGCACCCGGACCGAGAUCAAGAACUUGUCUAGCACGAAGGCUGUCGAGGAUGCCAUCAUUGCCGAGCGCGACCGGCAGAUUGCAGUCCUCGAAGCUGGCGGAAAGAUUCUGGGCGAAACUCGUGGAUGGUCUAUUGGAUCCACAGAGACCCGAAGGCUUCGCGGCAAAGAAGGUGAGGUCGAUUAUCGAUAUAUGCCGGAUCCUGACCUCUCGCCUCUUUUCAUUGGCAGGGAUCUUGUCAAUUACUUGCGUAGCACCAUGGGUCAGCUUCCAGACGCAGAAGUAGACGAGUUGAUCAAAGAUUUUAGUCUCACGCCAAAAGAUGCACUGUCCCUGGUGGCCCUUGAUAAUGGGAACAGGGUCGAGUUUUUCUGGAAUGUCGUUGCCGCUUUGGACUCCAAGGGGCUGGAAUCGGAUUCCCGGCUCUCAUGUUAUCAAAUGGCCGCCAAUUGGACCCUGCAUGACCUUGACCGACUAACAGCGAAUCGUCACGACGAUUCAGUUGCGACACUUGGCUUCACACCGGACGGGCAGUGCGGACGUGUUUCGGUGGAAGCUCUGGCUGAUAUACUGUUGUUUCUCCAUCAGCAGAAGAUCACAGCCAAGGUUGCAAAGGAGCUAUUAUGGGUGGUAUUCAGAGGCGAUGUCCCUUCACAAUACAGCAACGUUGCCCAUGCCAUCGAGCGCGAGAACAUGUGGUUCAACGAGUUGUCUGCUGACGAGUAUGCUGAACUCGCAGAUACUGCAAUGGAGGGUCAGGAGAAUGUUGUACGGCAAUUUGUGGACUACAAACACUACCCGCAGGGAAAGCUUAUGUUCUUGGUUGGACGUAUGCUCAGACUGGGUCCGGAAGAAAGGAUUGAUCCACAAAACGCAGAGAAGGCUAUGCGCAAGGCUUUAGAAGAGAAGCAUGUCCCUGCGUCGACGUCCUAG